ACGGUUUCCGCACUCUCCCCUCCCAUUUUCCGUGUUAUGUUUCUCUACCUAAAUCAGGAUCGCAUUCCUUAUUUAAAUUUGAAGAAAUCUCACCUUCAGUAAUUCUCAACAAUGGACCGUAAGACUAUUGAAUGGGAUCAAGGAUGGCAUAACAUACAGAAUGCGAUCACAAAAUUGAAGAGGAUUUUGGAGGAGAAGCCAGAGCAACCAUUUAGCUCAGAAGAAUAUAUUGAGCUUUACACAACAAUCUACAACAUGUGUAAACAGAAGCCUCCUCAUGAUUAUUCCCAACAGCUUUAUGACAAGUACCGGGAAGCUUUCGAGGAGUAUAUUACUUCAACGGUAAGGAACAUUGAUGCUUAUCCCAUAUUCUGAACUUUAUUGGAUUGUAAAAAUACUUGUAUUAUGCAGACUAACUCUCUGUCUUCUAGACGAUGUUUAUGUCCAUCUGUUCAGACAAUGUUGGGCUAUGUUCUGUUAUUGUUGACUGCAGUGUGCAUGUUCUUUUGUAGAUCCUAUAUUAUUAUUUAUAUAUUUCUGUUGAAUCCAUCAUUUAUUCUCUUCAUUGUAUCAAAAAGGGGUGUCUAAUCCUUUAAUUAUAAGAAGACCUAUUAUUUCCAGGAAUACAUGUAUCUUCACUGC